AUGAAAGACAAAGCUACCCUUUAUAAGAUAAAACAAGAUUUGGUUAAUAAAUUUGGAGAACAGAACAUCAACACUAUCAACAGAGUGAUACUGGAUAUCUCUUAUCAACUGUUUGACCAAGACAUAAUCCCAUAUAAAUAAAAUAUUCAAAAUGUGUUGUGAGAAGGUACAGAAAGGAUGAGGUGAAAUAAGCCCGUCACCGAGAAGUUCCAAAAGAGCAUUUCGGAAGGGUCAGAAGAAUCAUAAUAGAAAUAAUAGCACUAAUAUUGAGAAAGUUACUGAUAAACUACAGAACCAAAUGAAUGACCGCUAUCCUUCUGUGAGGAAUACUCCCCAAAAAGGGAAGUUGCAUGAUCAAAGAAGCAACAAUAAAUUACAGAAAAUUCAAGCAAAGCUUAGGUCUAUAGAGAAAUACCCUAUAAAGGACCUUGCAGGAUUGAACAUGAACAAUUUGCCUUCUUUAGGCGGGGUCAAACUUCAAAAUUCUACUAUUGAUAUUGACCCGAGAAAACAUCAGAGGAGGAAGAACAAGUCUGUCCUCACGACUCCUCUUAUCCAGAAUGGGAUAAAUAAUAGUUUGAUUGUUGAAAAAGAGGAAACUUUACCACAAAGAAUAAAAGUUAAUCAAAGUAUGGCUGAAAGACAUUCUCCAAAAAUGCAAUACUCUACUCAGUAUCCCCAAGAAAUUCCAAAACGGAGGUCAAAGAAUUUAAGUGUCUGGGAUGCCAUGCUACUUCACGAUGUGAAGAAUUAUGAAAAGGAGCAGGAUCUGAAGAAAGAAAAUGAUAAGAAUAAUCAGAGAAAACUAAAGGCUUUUCUUGACCAACAAGUUAACUACAAAAUGGAUCAGUCUAACUUCGAAAGACUCAAGGAGCAAAAAGAGCACAAGAGUUUAGUAAGCCACUUGUCAGCAUUUGACAGAUCUCAAGCUAGGAGACAAGUCAAGCUUCAAAAGAGGAUGAUUGACAAUAGUAAUUACCUAUUAGAAGCAUCAAAAUCACACGAAAAGAAAGCUCUGAAACUCAACGAGAAGAAACAGUUAGAACGUCUUUUCAUAUUGAACGAGAUCCGGAAGGUCUCUGAAGAGGAACAACAGAGGCGUAUCGAACAAUAUAAAAGAGAGAAUGUAGAGAAGGAGUUCCUCAGGUCGACUAUCCUCCAGAAAUCUCAAGAGAAGGAAAUGCUCCUCAACAGUGAGAAGAAGGAAGCUACUCAAAGUAUGAGAGACCAGAUAAAACAAUUUGAUGAUGCUGAGAAAUAGAUACAAGGACAUAUUUGUAGCUAUUGAUAAGAAAGAACAAAAGAUCCAACAAUCAUAUCAGAAGUUACAGGCUGGGUGAAGAAACCUAGCCCUUGCAGAGGUCGAUAAGGACAAGUCACUCGAGGAUCUGGUUAAAAAGCAGAACAGACAGGCUACUAAGAUGAGAGAGAAGUAUGAGCAUUACCUCCAAAAGAAGAAAAAUAAAGAUUUAUCUGAUUUUAAGACAUACAAUGCUCUCAAUCUAGGAAUUAAAAACCAGAAAAUGACUAAGAAUGAAUUUGAUAAAGCCACUACAGAGAACUACAUAGUGAUGAAGGAUAUGAUGGAGAAGAUGAUCAGAGCAGAUGAGGAACGGAAUAAAAAGAUUAAAAUGCAGGGAGAGCUCAGACAGACCCUUCGGAAACAAAUGGUUGAAAAGAAAGACCAGAAUGAAAGAGAUUUCCAAUACCUUAAUGAUAAAGAAUUUGGAAUUAACAAGCAAAUUCUAUUGAAGAUGAAACGUGCCAAGGAUGUCAGCCUAGAAGACCAACAGAGUUUGAUAUAAAUUUCAAUUUA